AUCCUGUUCCCUACUACUAUUAGCUAAUUGUUAUGCUAACCUUGUACUCCAUCGAAUUUUCAAGAAUCCCUCCACCCGGCCAAAACCAAAAUUACUAGCACCGGUAGCUAUAAAAUCACCAAAUCUAGCCUUAAAUUCUCUCUUGACGCUUCUCCUUCUUCUAUCGUCACUUCAAAUCGGAUCAAAUCUAGGUAAAAGUUUCUCCUUUUUCCUCUUCUGGGUCGUUCUUGUUUUUGUUGAUUGAGGCGGACAUAAUUAAUCAGUUCAGCAUGAGGAAGAGAGAGAGGGAAAACCCAUGUGGUAUUUGUGGGCAUUAUCACAAGUACGAAGAAGGGGAGCCUUGUGGGGUUUGUGGGCAUCGAAUGCCUACUGUUUCUGAUAUGGGUUCUACAAUUCAAGUCAGUGCUUUUCCUUCUGAGAUCUUGCCGGAGUUUCUGUUUUUGGGAAGCUAUGAUAAUGCUUCUAGAGCUGAGCUUCUUAAGAGUCAAGGGAUUUCUCGUGUUCUCAAUACUGUACCUGCUUGCCAAAAUCUAUAUAAAAAUUCCUUUACUUAUCACUGCCUUGGUGAUGAGCAAGAUUUGCAGUUUGACGAUGCUAUCCAAUUCUUAGAACAAUGUGAAAGGGAUAGGGCUCGUGUUCUUGUACAUUGCAUGUCAGGGAAAAGCAGGUCACCUGCCAUUGUAAUUGCUUACCUGAUGAAAAGUAGAGGCUGGAAACUUGCACAGAGCUAUCAGUGGGUGAAAGAUCGGAGGCCUUAUGUCGACCUUAAUCAAGGGGUUUACCAUCAGCUAGAGGCGUAUGAACAGAAGAUCUUCGGAUCACUGGAGAACCAGCCUGCAUUUGGCAUGCCGGUCUUUUCUUCUCCUGUGCUGCCAUCAUUGAGCUUUAACUACCCAAAGCCUAGUGAUUCAGUUCAAAUUCCAGCCUUCAACUUUUCUGGUGCUACAUCAAUUUUCGCUCGUCCAGAUAUUGGCAUUCCUCCCCAGGAAUUCACCUUUGGAGCUGCUCAUACCUCCGAUAUCCAUUUGAGUUCAAACCAAAAUCCAAAUAGUAAUAUGGACUGAACUAUCUGCCUUUGUGGAAUUUUCAACUUGAAUGAUGUUUAGAGAGCUACUACACAAGUCUCUUGACUGAGUUCUUCAUGAUUAUAUUGACUUGUUUGAAAGUAUGAAAUGUCAGUGUAACUACAAAAUUUUAUGGUGAAACAAACGUUUUUCAGAGUCGAUGAUGAAAAAAGCGAAAAAAUUUCAUGA